AUGAGUGAAGAAAUCGAACCUCAUAUAUUAAGAAAAUUCGAAAUAAUAUAAAAAUUAGGAAAAGGAGCAUACGGAAUAGUAUGGAAAGCGAUAGAUCGUAAAUUAAAACAAGUUGUAGCUUUAAAAAAAGUAUUUGAUGCAUUUCAUAAUCCAACAGAUGCUCAAAGAACAUUUCGAGAAGUUAUGUUUUUAUAAGAAUUAAACGGACAUGAUAAUAUAGUUAAAUUAUUAAAUAUAAUAAAAGCUGAAAAUAAUAAGGAUAUAUAUUUAGUUUUUGAUUUUAUGGAAACUGAUCUACAUGCAGUAAUUCGAGCAGAUAUACUCGAAUAAAUUCAUAAAAAAUAUAUCAUGUAUUAAAUUUUAAAAGCAUUAAAAUAUAUGCAUUCAGGAGAUUUAAUCCAUAGAGAUUUAAAGCCUUCAAACAUUCUCUUAAAUAGCGAAUGUCAUGUUAAAAUUGCAGAUUUUGGACUUGCACGCUCCGUUGCAACAAAUGAAGAGGAUGAUCCUCCUGUUUUAACAGAAUAUGUUGCCACAAGAUGGUAUAGAGCUCCUGAAAUAUUACUUGGGAGUACUAAAUAUACAAAAUCUGUCGAUAUGUGGUCUGUAGGAUGUAUAUUAGGUGAACUUAUAAUCGGGAAAAGUAUCUUUCCAGGAGUAAGCACACUAAACCAAAUAGAAAGAGUACUAGAAUUAACAGGAAAACCUUCUAUAUAGGACAUUGAUUCUAUAGAAAGUUCUUUGGCGCAUAAUAUUUUAAAUUCUAUUAAUGUUUAAAGGAAGAAAAAUUUCAAUUAAUUUUUCUAAGGCGCAACAGAAGAAGAAUUAGAUUUGUUAAAAAAACUUCUCACUUUUAAUCCAAAGCAAAGGUAUACAGCAUAGCAAGCAUUAGAACAUAAAUAUGUAGCCGAAUUUCAUAAUCCAAUAGAAGAGACUGUUUGUUAAAAACCAAUUGAUAUUCCAUUAAAUGAUCACGAAAAAUUUUCGAUAAAAAAAUACAGAGAAGCACUUUAUGCGGAUAUUAAUGAAAGAAAAAAAGAAUAAAGAAGAAAAUGGUAGGCUAAGUAUUUAGAAUAAUUAGGGCUUAAUAGAUCAUUUCUAUAGUAAUUACUUACUAUAUGCGUCUUCUAAGAAGACAACAACUCAAUCUAGGAUGAUUAAAAGAACACUCUUAUCCUUAAUGGGACAUUGAAAUCUCUAGUAUUUUAUUCUUUUUAGAAUAGAAUACUUUUGCAUUUCACGAUGAUCGUCCAUCACUGUUUUAAACCGAUAGUUUUAUACUUGAAGUUACCAGUGUAUGGAGGGUAUGAAUGCUUCUGACUAGAUUAAACACCCUAUAUAAUUAAACUAAUUUUUUUUUAUUUUUUUUAAUAACAAUACAGUUUAUUAUUUUAUAAUUUUUAACAAAAAAAAUAUUACUAUGUCAUUCUUAUAUAUU